AGGAUGUCUGGCUGUCAGGACAACCGCAAAUAUAUGUAUAUCACAACCAAAGAUUGGUUCCGUCCAGCGUCAUUAGCGGCAGGCAGCAUGGCGAAGACUCCGAAGAAAGACAAAACUGAGGAAAAAGAGGAACAUGAAGAGUCGGGAGGAAACAAGGAAGACAGAGAGAGGGCUUACGAAGUUCUGGCUACUCGGGUUAACCCCAUAGCCAGUCCGUUGGCGGCCAGAAAACUCACCAAGAGGUUGUACAAGACUGUGAAGAAAGCUUCAAAAGAGAAGAACAUCAGAAAGGGCAUCAGGGAUGUACAGAAAUUCAUCAAGAAGGGAGAGAGGGGAAUUGUACUGAUUGCUGGGGACACAACACCCAUAGAAGUGUACUGCCAUCUCCCUGUUGUGUGUGAAGAUGCCAAGAUUCCAUACUGCUAUGUACCAGCCAAACAGGAUCUUGGAGAGGCAGCAGGGUCCAAGCGCCCAACCUGUUGUGUGCUGUUGAAGCCCAAUGAAAGUUACCAGUCCAGCUAUGACGAGUGCCUGACAGAUGUGACAACCUUGCCUAGACCAAUCUAAUGCACAACUUCUUGGGGAUGUGUUUUGUACCUGUAGUAGUGACAAGUCAACAUUUCCAGUUUGAUGGUCGUAUUUGUUAGUCUGGUGGAUAAUAUUAGAUGUCAAACUAUGAUGCUUUUGUAAUGUUAGUUUUUGGUGUCACUUUGCAAGACUUAAAAAUACCAUUUGACAUUUAUGAUAUAAACUUCAUAUUGAGAAAAGGUCAUGACCAUUAUUUGUGAAAAAAGUGGUAAAUGUCUUGUUUACCAUAGUCAUGAGUUGAAGUAUUAAGACUAUAUCUUAACUCAUGCAAGUCAUUGUGUUCCUUAUACCUUUUAGUAACAACAUUUUCUAUACUUUCCUGCAGAAUAAAGUUGACUGUACGGACUGAC